CUUAACUGAAUGAUGAGGUGUCAAGAGAAUUAAGAACAAGAUGAGACGAAACAUCAACACCAGCAGAUUGAUUCUGCUGUCUGUCCUAUGUAUAGCGACAUCUUUGUCCCAGAGCACCACAGAGUGCAAUUCAACACAUGCAAACGGAUCAUGCAGUCUGACCAAUGUAACAACAGGCUACUGCGACACUAACAACCUAAAGAACUUCACUUCUCUGAUUCUAAAUGCAGUGGAUAAUGCUACACAUCAGCUACAAUGUGUAUCAACCAACAAUGCUAGUUUCCCUCAAGAGAAACUUCAUGUGCUUCCAUAUGAGCUUGGAAAGAUCAUUACAUCAACACUAAAUGUCCUAGUUCAUCUUGGUGCUUCUUCGAUAGAGAAUAUUGCAAAAAGCUUUGGAGCUUUGCACACAUUGACUGUGGACAAUGCACAGAAUGUAGAAUUUGUUCAGUCAUGGUUGUGUGUCAGACUGGUCCCAAUCCUCCCGUACAUCACGAAAGAGUUCUUAUCUAACAUGAGCAAGAUCAACUUUUCAUGUGUCACCUACCAGAAAAUAGUUCAAACUCUUAAUCAACAAGUACAUGUGGUUAAUGAAACAAUAAAACCCUAUAUUUAUUCAAACUUCAUUCGGUCAUUUCUCUCAAGAGAGCUCUCAGAUGCUGGCUGUCUUUCCCAAACCGCAAUCAGCGCCGACUGGCUUGAGCAGAACUUUGGCAAAUUCUCCAAAUAUGCCACCUUGGAGGAUCUGCGGACUCUAAAUGGAAAUUUCUCCAGUUUUGGAUCUUUGGAUCUGCUGACUCCCACCCAAGUAGCUGAACUCACACGGAGCUCGGGCGCUCUGAACAACACGGAUCAGAUCAACGCCGUGUUCGACCGGCUGGAGGUUGGUCACGCUUUCCAGAACGUGGACGAGUUCCUGACGACGCUGGCUGCAGCUCCUGAGGUGUCCUCCGCUAUCCCCACUGCUGUGAGAGACGUGAUGAUGAACCGGACCUAUGGUAUCGUCCGACCGCUAUUCCAGGAGUUUGUGACCGAAGACUGGGUCGUGUGGUUCACCCUGAAGCUCACCCCAAUCCUCUCCAGUUUCACCGCGGACAUGCUAGUUACAGUCACAGCUGACAUAAACUGCACCAACUACCGCGUGAUCGUCAAAGGACUGGGCAUGGUGUUGUCAGAAAUGACGGCUCUCAGGAUCCAUGAAAUAACCCAGGUUCUGGUGGAGUACCUCAAGGAUUUUGCCACCCAAUUCAACACGCCAGCUUGCGGACAGAACGCUCAAAGGGAUGCCCAAUGGCUGAACAUCAACCUGGGUCGUUUCUCGACGGCGGCCAGUUACUCUGACCUUAAGGACUUGAACGUCACAGUGCUGCCAUCUCUGGAGUCCCUCUCACUUGGCCAGAAAGCGGAGCUGCUGUUGGAUCCGUCCACGGGUGCCCUGGAAAAUGAGGCCGUGGUGAAGGAGGUGCUAGGCAGCAUCCUUGAAACCACCGACGACACGCAGCUCAAACAGUUCUUUGAGGCGUUCGUGGAAGUCACCAAGGAGGAAAACGUCACCUACAUCAAAAGCACAGCUGUCCGAGACACAAUGCUGAAUAUGACGUUGACGGCUCUGGCUUCCGAGUUCUCCACCUUCCAAACCAGCGACUAUAAGCUGUGGUUCCAAGUCAAUCUCGUGGUGCUGCUGGCCAGCUUCCAGCCUUCGCUUCUUGUGGUGAUCCCCACCAACAUCAGCUGUGACUCUUACGAUGCAGUACUCCAAGGCCUAGAGAUUGCUUUGGCGCUACUCCCCUCCGGACUACAGGAGGAGCUGAAAUCCAGCAUAGACAUUCUUCGGGAAUCACCACCAGACGGCUGCUCGCCACCUGAUCCAGUCCCUGUUUGCAAAGAAACGGUAGCCAACGAAGAGAGUGUGUGUAAAGGGUUGCAAGGCGGUCCAACUGUGUCUGGAGGUGAUCCCUGUGCAUUGCCUAUCCCUAAGUAUGCCUGUUCCUCGGCUAUGACGCUGUCCUCCGCCGACCUUGCCACGCUGUUGUCCUGCGAGCUGGUGGGUAGCAAGCACUACCCGGUGGAGAUGUGGAAACUUUUCUUCAAGAAAUCUAAAGGAGUGCUUGGAGACGCUCUGUCCACGAACUCCAACAAGACCUUCGCCAUAACGCAGUCUGCGACUCACGCUCUGGAUGCCAUCGGAGAGGUGAUGGUCUACGACUUUGACGUCGCGCAGCUGUCAGACGCAGACUUCGUUGACGGCUGGUUCACGGAAAAGCUCCGGCCGCUCCUGCCAGCAAUCUCUGGGGACCUUCUUUCCUGCCUUAGCUCCAAGAACUUCACUUGUGACACCUACCAAGUCGUGGUGGAUGCUCUCGGCGCGCAAUCAUUGCUCAUGGGAGUGGAGCUGAGGAAGGCGGUCGUCAACAAAUUCAUCGUUCCCUUCCUCUCCAGGGGUGACCUAGCAGAUGCUGGCUGUCUUUCCCAAACCGCAAGCAGCGCCGACUGGCUUGAGCAGAACUUUGGCAAAUUCUCCAAAUAUGCCACCUUGGAGGAUCUGCGGACUCUAAAUGGAAAUUUCUCCAGCUUUGGAUCUUUGGAUCUGCUGACUCCCACCCAAGUAGCUGAACUCACACGGAGCUCGGGCGCUCUGAACAACACGGAUCAGAUCAACGCCGUGUUCGACCGGCUGGAGGUUGGUCACGCUUUCCAGAACGUGGACGAGUUCCUGACGACGCUGGCUGCAGCUCCUGAGGUGUCCUCCGCUAUCCCCACUGCUGUGAGAGACGUGAUGAUGAACCGGACCUAUGGUAUCGUCCGACCGCUAUUCCAGGAGUUUGUGACCGAAGACUGGGUCGUGUGGUUCACCCUGAAGCUCACCCCAAUCCUCUCCAGUUUCACCGCGGACAUGCUAGUUACAGUCACAGCUGACAUAAACUGCACCAACUACCGCGUGAUCGUCAAAGGACUGGGCAUGGUGUUGUCAGAAAUGACGGCUCUCAGGAUCCAUGAAAUAACCCAGGUUCUGGUGGAGUACCUCAAGGAUUUUGCCACCCAAUUCAACACGCCAGCUUGCGGACAGAACGCUCAAAGGGAUGCCCAAUGGCUGAACAUCAACCUGGGUCGUUUCUCGACGGCGGCCAGUUACUCUGACCUUAAGGACUUGAACGUCACAGUGCUGGCAUCUCUGGAGUCCCUCUCACUUGGCCAGAAAGCGGAGCUGCUGUUGGAUCCGUCCACGGGUGCCCUGGAAAAUGAGGCCGUGGUGAAGGAGGUGCUAGGCAGCAUCCUUGAAACCACCGACGACACGCAGCUCAAACAGUUCUUUGAGGCGUUCGUGGAAGUCACCAAGGAGGAAAACGUCACCUACAUCAAAAGCACAGCUGUCCGAGACACAAUGCUGAAUAUGACGUUGACGGCUCUGGCUUCCGAGUUCUCCACCUUCCAAACCAGCGACUAUAAGCUGUGGUUCCAAGUCAAUCUCGUGGUGCUGCUGGCCAGCUUCCAGCCUUCGCUUCUUGUGGUGAUCCCCACCAACAUCAGCUGUGACUCUUACGAUGCAGUACUCCAAGGCCUAGAGAUUGCUUUGGCGCUACUCCCCUCCGGACUACAGGAGGAGCUGAAAUCCAGCAUAGACAUUCUUCGGGAAUCACCACCAGACGGCUGCUCGCCACCUGAUCCAGUCCCUGUUUGCAAAGAAACGGUAGCCAACGAAGAGAGUCUGUGUAAAGGGUUGCAAGGCGGUCCAACUGUGUCUGGAGGUGAUCCCUGUGCAUUGCCUAUCCCUAAGUAUGCCUGUUCCUCGGCUAUGACGCUGUCCUCCGCCGACCUUGCCACGCUGUUGUCCUGCGAGCUGGUGGGUAGCAAGCACUACCCGGUGGAGAUGUGGAAACUUUUCUUCAAGAAAUCUAAAGGAGUGCUUGGAGACGCUCUGUCCACGAACUCCAACAAGACCUUCGCCAUAACGCAGUCUGCGACUCACGCUCUGGACGCCAUCGGAGAGGUGAUGGUCUACGACUUUGACGUCGCGCAGCUGUCAGACGCAGACUUCGUUGACGGCUGGUUCACGGAAAAGCUCCGGCCGCUCCUGCCAGCAAUCUCUGGGGACCUUCUUUCCUGCCUUAGCUCCAAGAACUUCACUUGUGACACCUACCAAGUCGUGGUGGAUGCUCUCGGCGCGCAAUCAUUGCUCAUGGGAGUGGAGCUGAGGAAGGCGGUCGUCAACAAAUUCAUCGUUCCCUUCCUCUCCAGGGGUGACCUAGCAGAUGCUGGCUGUCUUUCCCAAACCGCAAGCAGCGCCGACUGGCUUGAGCAGAACUUUGGCAAAUUCUCCAAAUAUGCCACCUUGGAGGAUCUGCGGACUCUAAAUGGAAAUUUCUCCAGCUUUGGAUCUUUGGAUCUGCUGACUCCCACCCAAGUAGCUGAACUCACACGGAGCUCGGGCGCUCUGAACAACACGGAUCAGAUCAACGCCGUGUUCGACCGGCUGGAGGUUGGUCACGCUUUCCAGAACGUGGACGAGUUCCUGACGACGCUGGCUGCAGCUCCUGAGGUGUCCUCCGCUAUCCCCACUGCUGUGAGAGACGUGAUGAUGAACCGGACCUAUGGUAUCGUCCGACCGCUAUUCCAGGAGUUUGUGACCGAAGACUGGGUCGUGUGGUUCACCCUGAAGCUCACCCCAAUCCUCUCCAGUUUCACCGCGGACAUGCUAGUUACAGUCACAGCUGACAUAAACUGCACCAACUACCGCGUGAUCGUCAAAGGACUGGGCAUGGUGUUGUCAGAAAUGACGGCUCUCAGGAUCCAUGAAAUAACCCAGGUUCUGGUGGAGUACCUCAAGGAUUUUGCCACCCAAUUCAACACGCCAGCUUGCGGACAGAACGCUCAAAGGGAUGCCCAAUGGCUGAACAUCAACCUGGGUCGUUUCUCGACGGCGGCCAGUUACUCUGACCUUAAGGACUUGAACGUCACAUUGCUGGCAUCUCUGGAGUCCCUCUCACUUGGCCAGAAAGCGGAGCUGCUGUUGGAUCCGUCCACGGGUGCCCUGGAAAAUGAGGCCGUGGUGAAGGAGGUGCUAGGCAGCAUCCUUGAAACCACCGACGACACGCAGCUCAAACAGUUCUUUGAGGCGUUCGUGGAAGUCACCAAGGAGGAAAACGUCACCUACAUCAAAAGCACAGCUGUCCGAGACACAAUGCUGAAUAUGACGUUGACGGCUCUGGCUUCCGAGUUCUCCACCUUCCAAACCAGCGACUAUAAGCUGUGGUUCCAAGUCAAUCUCGUGGUGCUGCUGGCCAGCUUCCAGCCUUCGCUUCUUGUGGUGAUCCCCACCAACAUCAGCUGUGACUCUUACGAUGCAGUACUCCAAGGCCUAGAGAUUGCUUUGGCGCUACUCCCCUCCGGACUACAGGAGGAGCUGAAAUCCAGCAUAGACAUUCUUCGGGAAUCACCACCAGACGGCUGCUCGCCACCUGAUCCAGUCCCUGUUUGCAAAGAAACGGUAGCCAACGAAGAGAGUCUGUGUAAAGGGUUGCAAGGCGGUCCAACUGUGUCUGGCGGUGAUCCCUGUGCAUUGCCUAUCCCUAAGUAUGCCUGUUCCUCGGCUAUGACGCUGUCCUCCGCCGACCUUGCCACGCUGUUGUCCUGCGAGCUGGUGGGUAGCAAGCACUACCCGGUGGAGAUGUGGAAACUUUUCUUCAAGAAAUCUAAAGGAGUGCUUGGAGACGCUCUGUCCACGAACUCCAACAAGACCUUCGCCAUAACGCAGUCUGCGACUCACGCUCUGGACGCCAUCGGAGAGGUGAUGGUCUACGACUUUGACGUCGCGCAGCUGUCAGACGCAGACUUCGUUGACGGCUGGUUCACGGAAAAGCUCCGGCCGCUCCUGCCAGCAAUCUCUGGGGACCUUCUUUCCUGCCUUAGCUCCAAGAACUUCACUUGUGACACCUACCAAGUCGUGGUGGAUGCUCUCGGCGCGCAAUCAUUGCUCAUGGGAGUGGAGCUGAGGAAGGCGGUCGUCAACAAAUUCAUCGUUCCCUUCCUCUCCAGGGGUGACCUAGCAGAUGCUGGCUGUCUUUCCCAAACCGCAAGCAGCGCCGACUGGCUUGAGCAGAACUUUGGCAAAUUCUCCAAAUAUGCCACCUUGGAGGAUCUGCGGACUCUAAAUGGAAAUUUCUCCAGCUUUGGAUCUUUGGAUCUGCUGACUCCCACCCAAGUAGCUGAACUCACACGGAGCUCGGGCGCUCUGAACAACACGGAUCAGAUCAACGCCGUGUUCGACCGGCUGGAGGUUGGUCACGCUUUCCAGAACGUGGACGAGUUCCUGACGACGCUGGCUGCAGCUCCUGAGGUGUCCUCCGCUAUCCCCACUGCUGUGAGAGACGUGAUGAUGAACCGGACCUAUGGUAUCGUCCGACCGCUAUUCCAGGAGUUUGUGACCGAAGACUGGGUCGUGUGGUUCACCCUGAAGCUCACCCCAAUCCUCUCCAGUUUCACCGCGGACAUGCUAGUUACAGUCACAGCUGACAUAAACUGCACCAACUACCGCGUGAUCGUCAAAGGACUGGGCAUGGUGUUGUCAGAAAUGACGGCUCUCAGGAUCCAUGAAAUAACCCAGGUUCUGGUGGAGUACCUCAAGGAUUUUGCCACCCAAUUCAACACGCCAGCUUGCGGACAGAACGCUCAAAGGGAUGCCCAAUGGCUGAACAUCAACCUGGGUCGUUUCUCGACGGCGGCCAGUUACUCUGACCUUAAGGACUUGAACGUCACAGUGCUGGCAUCUCUGGAGUCCCUCUCACUUGGCCAGAAAGCGGAGCUGCUGUUGGAUCCGUCCACGGGUGCCCUGGAAAAUGAGGCCGUGGUGAAGGAGGUGCUAGGCAGCAUCCUUGAAACCACCGACGACACGCAGCUCAAACAGUUCUUUGAGGCGUUCGUGGAAGUCACCAAGGAGGAAAACGUCACCUACAUCAAAAGCACAGCUGUCCGAGACACAAUGCUGAAUAUGACGUUGACGGCUCUGGCUUCCGAGUUCUCCACCUUCCAAACCAGCGACUAUAAGCUGUGGUUCCAAGUCAAUCUCGUGGUGCUGCUGGCCAGCUUCCAGCCUUCGCUUCUUGUGGUGAUCCCCACCAACAUCAGCUGUGACUCUUACGAUGCAGUACUCCAAGGCCUAGAGAUUGCUUUGGCGCUACUCCCCUCCGGACUACAGGAGGAGCUGAAAUCCAGCAUAGACAUUCUUCGGGAAUCACCACCAGACGGCUGCUCGCCACCUGAUCCAGUCCCUGUUUGCAAAGAAACGGUAGCCAACGAAGAGAGUCUGUGUAAAGGGUUGCAAGGCGGUCCAACUGUGUCUGGAGGUGAUCCCUGUGCAUUUCCUAUCCCUAAGUAUGCCUGUUCCUCGGCUAUGACGCUGUCCUCCGCCGACCUUGCCACGCUGUUGUCCUGCGAGCUGGUGGGUAGCAAGCACUACCCGGUGGAGAUGUGGAAACUUUUCUUCAAGAAAUCUAAAGGAGUGCUUGGAGACGCUCUGUCCACGAACUCCAACAAGACCUUCGCCAUAACGCAGUCUGCGACUCACGCUCUGGACGCCAUCGGAGAGGUGAUGGUCUACGACUUUGACGUCGCGCAGCUGUCAGACGCAGACUUCGUUGACGGCUGGUUCACGGAAAAGCUCCGGCCGCUCCUGCCAGCAAUCUCUGGGGACCUUCUUUCCUGCCUUAGCUCCAAGAACUUCACUUGUGACACCUACCAAGUCGUGGUGGAUGCUCUCGGCGCGCAAUCAUUGCUCAUGGGAGUGGAGCUGAGGAAGGCGGUCGUCAACAAAUUCAUCGUUCCCUUCCUCUCCAGGGGUGACCUAGCAGAUGCUGGCUGUCUUUCCCAAACCGCAAGCAGCGCCGACUGGCUUGAGCAGAACUUUGGCAAAUUCUCCAAAUAUGCCACCUUGGAGGAUCUGCGGACUCUAAAUGGAAAUUUCUCCAGCUUUGGAUCUUUGGAUCUGCUGACUCCCACCCAAGUAGCUGAACUCACACGGAGCUCGGGCGCUCUGAACAACACGGAUCAGAUCAACGCCGUGUUCGACCGGCUGGAGGUUGGUCACGCUUUCCAGAACGUGGACGAGUUCCUGACGACGCUGGCUGCAGCUACUGAGGUGUCCUCCGCUAUCCCCACUGCUGUGAGAGACGUGAUGAUGAACCGGACCUAUGGUAUCGUCCGACCGCUAUUCCAGGAGUUUGUGACCGAAGACUGGGUCGUGUGGUUCACCCUGAAGCUCACCCCAAUCCUCUCCAGUUUCACCGCGGACAUGCUAGUUACAGUCACAGCUGACAUAAACUGCACCAACUACCGCGUGAUCGUCAAAGGACUGGGCAUGGUGUUGUCAGAAAUGACGGCUCUCAGGAUCCAUGAAAUAACCCAGGUUCUGGUGGAGUACCUCAAGGAUUUUGCCACCCAAUUCAACACGCCAGCUUGCGGACAGAACGCUCAAAGGGAUGCCCAAUGGCUGAACAUCAACCUGGGUCGUUUCUCGACGGCGGCCAGUUACUCUGACCUUAAGGACUUGAACGUCACAGUGCUGGCAUCUCUGGAGUCCCUCUCACUUGGCCAGAAAGCGGAGCUGCUGUUGGAUCCGUCCACGGGUGCCCUGGAAAAUGAGGCCGUGGUGAAGGAGGUGCUAGGCAGCAUCCUUGAAACCACCGACGACACGCAGCUCAAACAGUUCUUUGAGGCGUUCGUGGAAGUCACCAAGGAGGAAAACGUCACCUACAUCAAAAGCACAGCUGUCCGAGACACAAUGCUGAAUAUGACGUUGACGGCUCUGGCUUCCGAGUUCUCCACCUUCCAAACCAGCGACUAUAAGCUGUGGUUCCAAGUCAAUCUCGUGGUGCUGCUGGCCAGCUUCCAGCCUUCGCUUCUUGUGGUGAUCCCCACCAACAUCAGCUGUGACUCUUACGAUGCAGUACUCCAAGGCCUAGAGAUUGCUUUGGCGCUACUCCCCUCCGGACUACAGGAGGAGCUGAAAUCCAGCAUAGACAUUCUUCGGGAAUCACCACCAGACGGCUGCUCGCCACCUGAUCCAGUCCCUGUUUGCAAAGAAACGGUAGCCAACGAAGAGAGUCUGUGUAAAGGGUUGCAAGGCGGUCCAACUGUGUCUGGAGGUGAUCCCUGUGCAUUGCCUAUCCCUAAGUAUGCCUGUUCCUCGGCUAUGACGCUGUCCUCCGCCGACCUUGCCACGCUGUUGUCCUGCGAGCUGGUGGGUAGCAAGCACUACCCGGUGGAGAUGUGGAAACUUUUCUUCAAGAAAUCUAAAGGAGUGCUUGGAGACGCUCUGUCCACGAACUCCAACAAGACCUUCGCCAUAACGCAGUCUGCGACUCACGCUCUGGACGCCAUCGGAGAGGUGAUGGUCUACGACUUUGACGUCGCGCAGCUGUCAGACGCAGACUUCGUUGACGGCUGGUUCACGGAAAAGCUCCGGCCGCUCCUGCCAGCAAUCUCUGGGGACCUUCUUUCCUGCCUUAGCUCCAAGAACUUCACUUGUGACACCUACCAAGUCGUGGUGGAUGCUCUCGGCGCGCAAUCAUUGCUCAUGGGAGUGGAGCUGAGGAAGGCGGUCGUCAACAAAUUCAUCGUUCCCUUCCUCUCCAGGGGUGACCUAGCAGAUGCUGGCUGUCUUUCCCAAACCGCAAGCAGCGCCGACUGGCUUGAGCAGAACUUUGGCAAAUUCUCCAAAUAUGCCACCUUGGAGGAUCUGCGGACUCUAAAUGGAAAUUUCUCCAGCUUUGGAUCUUUGGAUCUGCUGACUCCCACCCAAGUAGCUGAACUCACACGGAGCUCGGGCGCUCUGAACAACACGGAUCAGAUCAACGCCGUGUUCGACCGGCUGGAGGUUGGUCACGCUUUCCAGAACGUGGACGAGUUCCUGACGACGCUGGCUGCAGCUCCUGAGGUGUCCUCCGCUAUCCCCACUGCUGUGAGAGACGUGAUGAUGAACCGGACCUAUGGUAUCGUCCGACCGCUAUUCCAGGAGUUUGUGACCGAAGACUGGGUCGUGUGGUUCACCCUGAAGCUCACCCCAAUCCUCUCCAGUUUCACCGCGGACAUGCUAGUUACAGUCACAGCUGACAUAAACUGCACCAACUACCGCGUGAUCGUCAAAGGACUGGGCAUGGUGUUGUCAGAAAUGACGGCUCUCAGGAUCCAUGAAAUAACCCAGGUUCUGGUGGAGUACCUCAAGGAUUUUGCCACCCAAUUCAACACGCCAGCUUGCGGACAGAACGCUCAAAGGGAUGCCCAAUGGCUGAACAUCAACCUGGGUCGUUUCUCGACGGCGGCCAGUUACUCUGACCUUAAGGACUUGAACGUCACAGUGCUGGCAUCUCUGGAGUCCCUCUCACUUGGCCAGAAAGCGGAGCUGCUGUUGGAUCCGUCCACGGGUGCCCUGGAAAAUGAGGCCGUGGUGAAGGAGGUGCUAGGCAGCAUCCUUGAAACCACCGACGACACGCAGCUCAAACAGUUCUUUGAGGCGUUCGUGGAAGUCACCAAGGAGGAAAACGUCACCUACAUCAAAAGCACAGCUGUCCGAGACACAAUGCUGAAUAUGACGUUGACGGCUCUGGCUUCCGAGUUCUCCACCUUCCAAACCAGCGACUAUAAGCUGUGGUUCCAAGUCAAUCUCGUGGUGCUGCUGGCCAGCUUCCAGCCUUCGCUUCUUGUGGUGAUCCCCACCAACAUCAGCUGUGACUCUUACGAUGCAGUACUCCAAGGCCUAGAGAUUGCUUUGGCGCUACUCCCCUCCGGACUACAGGAGGAGCUGAAAUCCAGCAUAGACAUUCUUCGGGAAUCACCACCAGACGGCUGCUCGCCACCUGAUCCAGUCCCUGUUUGCAAAGAAACGGUAGCCAACGAAGAGAGUCUGUGUAAAGGGUUGCAAGGCGGUCCAACUGUGUCUGGAGGUGAUCCCUGUGCAUUGCCUAUCCCUAAGUAUGCCUGUUCCUCGGCUAUGACGCUGUCCUCCGCCGACCUUGCCACGCUGUUGUCCUGCGAGCUGGUGGGUAGCAAGCACUACCCGGUGGAGAUGUGGAAACUUUUCUUCAAGAAAUCUAAAGGAGUGCUUGGAGACGCUCUGUCCACGAACUCCAACAAGACCUUCGCCAUAACGCAGUCUGCGACUCACGCUCUGGACGCCAUCGGAGAGGUGAUGGUCUACGACUUUGACGUCGCGCAGCUGUCAGACGCAGACUUCGUUGACGGCUGGUUCACGGAAAAGCUCCGGCCGCUCCUGCCAGCAAUCUCUGGGGACCUUCUUUCCUGCCUUAGCUCCAAGAACUUCACUUGUGACACCUACCAAGUCGUGGUGGAUGCUCUCGGCGCGCAAUCAUUGCUCAUGGGAGUGGAGCUGAGGAAGGCGGUCGUCAACAAAUUCAUCGUUCCCUUCCUCUCCAGGGGUGACCUAGCAGAUGCUGGCUGUCUUUCCCAAACCGCAAGCAGCGCCGACUGGCUUGAGCAGAACUUUGGCAAAUUCUCCAAAUAUGCCACCUUGGAGGAUCUGCGGACUCUAAAUGGAAAUUUCUCCAGCUUUGGAUCUUUGGAUCUGCUGACUCCCACCCAAGUAGCUGAACUCACACGGAGCUCGGGCGCUCUGAACAACACGGAUCAGAUCAACGCCGUGUUCGACCGGCUGGAGGUUGGUCACGCUUUCCAGAACGUGGACGAGUUCCUGACGACGCUGGCUGCAGCUCCUGAGGUGUCCUCCGCUAUCCCCACUGCUGUGAGAGACGUGAUGAUGAACCGGACCUAUGGUAUCGUCCGACCGCUAUUCCAGGAGUUUGUGACCGAAGACUGGGUCGUGUGGUUCACCCUGAAGCUCACCCCAAUCCUCUCCAGUUUCACCGCGGACAUGCUAGUUACAGUCACAGCUGACAUAAACUGCACCAACUACCGCGUGAUCGUCAAAGGACUGGGCAUGGUGUUGUCAGAAAUGACGGCUCUCAGGAUCCAUGAAAUAACCCAGGUUCUGGUGGAGUACCUCAAGGAUUUUGCCACCCAAUUCAACACGCCAGCUUGCGGACAGAACGCUCAAAGGGAUGCCCAAUGGCUGAACAUCAACCUGGGUCGUUUCUCGACGGCGGCCAGUUACUCUGACCUUAAGGACUUGAACGUCACAGUGCUGGCAUCUCUGGAGUCCCUCUCACUUGGCCAGAAAGCGGAGCUGCUGUUGGAUCCGUCCACGGGUGCCCUGGAAAAUGAGGCCGUGGUGAAGGAGGUGCUAGGCAGCAUCCUUGAAACCACCGACGACACGCAGCUCAAACAGUUCUUUGAGGCGUUCGUGGAAGUCACCAAGGAGGAAAACGUCACCUACAUCAAAAGCACAGCUGUCCGAGACACAAUGCUGAAUAUGACGUUGACGGCUCUGGCUUCCGAGUUCUCCACCUUCCAAACCAGCGACUAUAAGCUGUGGUUCCAAGUCAAUCUCGUGGUGCUGCUGGCCAGCUUCCAGCCUUCGCUUCUUGUGGUGAUCCCCACCAACAUCAGCUGUGACUCUUACGAUGCAGUACUCCAAGGCCUAGAGAUUGCUUUGGCGCUACUCCCCUCCGGACUACAGGAGGAGCUGAAAUCCAGCAUAGACAUUCUUCGGGAAUCACCACCAGACGGCUGCUCGCCACCUGAUCCAGUCCCUGUUUGCAAAGAAACGGUAGCCAACGAAGAGAGUCUGUGUAAAGGGUUGCAAGGCGGUCCAACUGUGUCUGGAGGUGAUCCCUGUGCAUUGCCUAUCCCUAAGUAUGCCUGUUCCUCGGCUAUGACGCUGUCCUCCGCCGACCUUGCCACGCUGUUGUCCUGCGAGCUGGUGGGUAGCAAGCACUACCCGGUGGAGAUGUGGAAACUUUUCUUCAAGAAAUCUAAAGGAGUGCUUGGAGACGCUCUGUCCACGAACUCCAACAAGACCUUCGCCAUAACGCAGUCUGCGACUCACGCUCUGGACGCCAUCGGAGAGGUGAUGGUCUACGACUUUGACGUCGCGCAGCUGUCAGACGCAGACUUCGUUGACGGCUGGUUCACGGAAAAGCUCCGGCCGCUCCUGCCAGCAAUCUCUGGGGACCUUCUUUCCUGCCUUAGCUCCAAGAACUUCACUUGUGACACCUACCAAGUCGUGGUGGAUGCUCUCGGCGCGCAAUCAUUGCUCAUGGGAGUGGAGCUGAGGAAGGCGGUCGUCAACAAAUUCAUCGUUCCCUUCCUCUCCAGGGGUGACCUAGCAGAUGCUGGCUGUCUUUCCCAAACCGCAAGCAGCGCCGACUGGCUUGAGCAGAACUUUGGCAAAUUCUCCAAAUAUGCCACCUUGGAGGAUCUGCGGACUCUAAAUGGAAAUUUCUCCAGCUUUGGAUCUUUGGAUCUGCUGACUCCCACCCAAGUAGCUGAACUCACACGGAGCUCGGGCGCUCUGAACAACACGGAUCAGAUCAACGCCGUGUUCGACCGGCUGGAGGUUGGUCACGCUUUCCAGAACGUGGACGAGUUCCUGACGACGCUGGCUGCAGCUACUGAGGUGUCCUCCGCUAUCCCCACUGCUGUGAGAGACGUGAUGAUGAACCGGACCUAUGGUAUCGUCCGACCGCUAUUCCAGGAGUUUGUGACCGAAGACUGGGUCGUGUGGUUCACCCUGAAGCUCACCCCAAUCCUCUCCAGUUUCACCGCGGACAUGCUAGUUACAGUCACAGCUGACAUAAACUGCACCAACUACCGCGUGAUCGUCAAAGGACUGGGCAUGGUGUUGUCAGAAAUGACGGCUCUCAGGAUCCAUGAAAUAACCCAGGUUCUGGUGGAGUACCUCAAGGAUUUUGCCACCCAAUUCAACACGCCAGCUUGCGGACAGAACGCUCAAAGGGAUGCCCAAUGGCUGAACAUCAACCUGGGUCGUUUCUCGACGGCGGCCAGUUACUCUGACCUUAAGGACUUGAACGUCACAGUGCUGGCAUCUCUGGAGUCCCUCUCACUUGGCCAGAAAGCGGAGCUGCUGUUGGAUCCGUCCACGGGUGCCCUGGAAAAUGAGGCCGUGGUGAAGGAGGUGCUAGGCAGCAUCCUUGAAACCACCGACGACACGCAGCUCAAACAGUUCUUUGAGGCGUUCGUGGAAGUCACCAAGGAGGAAAACGUCACCUACAUCAAAAGCACAGCUGUCCGAGACACAAUGCUGAAUAUGACGUUGACGGCUCUGGCUUCCGAGUUCUCCACCUUCCAAACCAGCGACUAUAAGCUGUGGUUCCAAGUCAAUCUCGUGGUGCUGCUGGCCAGCUUCCAGCCUUCGCUUCUUGUGGUGAUCCCCACCAACAUCAGCUGUGACUCUUACGAUGCAGUACUCCAAGGCCUAGAGAUUGCUUUGGCGCUACUCCCCUCCGGACUACAGGAGGAGCUGAAAUCCAGCAUAGACAUUCUUCGGGAAUCACCACCAGACGGCUGCUCGCCACCUGAUCUUGUCCCUGUUUGCAAAGAAACGGUAGCCAACGAAGAGAGUCUGUGUAAAGGGUUGCAAGGCGGUCCAACUGUGUCUGGAGGUGAUCCCUGUGCAUUGCCUAUCCCUAAGUAUGCCUGUUCCUCGGCUAUGACGCUGUCCUCCGCCGACCUUGCCACGCUGUUGUCCUGCGAGCUGGUGGGUAGCAAGCACUACCCGGUGGAGAUGUGGAAACUUUUCUUCAAGAAAUCUAAAGGAGUGCUUGGAGACGCUCUGUCCACGAACUCCAACAAGACCUUCGCCAUAACGCAGUCUGCGACUCACGCUCUGGACGCCAUCGGAGAGGUGAUGGUCUACGACUUUGACGUCGCGCAGCUGUCAGACGCAGACUUCGUUGACGGCUGGUUCACGGAAAAGCUCCGGCCGCUCCUGCCAGCAAUCUCUGGGGACCUUCUUUCCUGCCUUAGCUCCAAGAACUUCACUUGUGACACCUACCAAGUCGUGGUGGAUGCUCUCGGCGCGCAAUCCUUGCUCAUGGGAGUGGAGCUGAGGAAGGCGGUCGUCAACAAAUUCAUCGUUCCCUUCCUCUCCAGGGGUGACCUAGCAGAUGCUGGCUGUCUUUCCCAAACCGCAAGCAGCGCCGACUGGCUUGAGCAGAACUUUGGCAAAUUCUCCAAAUAUGCCACCUUGGAGGAUCUGCGGACUCUAAAUGGAAAUUUCUCCAGCUUUGGAUCUUUGGAUCUGCUGACUCCCACCCAAGUAGCUGAACUCACACGGAGCUCGGGCGCUCUGAACAACACGGAUCAGAUCAACGCCGUGUUCGACCGGCUGGAGGUUGGUCACGCUUUCCAGAACGUGGACGAGUUCCUGACGACGCUGGCUGCAGCUCCUGAGGUGUCCUCCGCUAUCCCCACUGCUGUGAGAGACGUGAUGAUGAACCGGACCUAUGGUAUCGUCCGACCGCUAUUCCAGGAGUUUGUGACCGAAGACUGGGUCGUGUGGUUCACCCUGAAGCUCACCCCAAUCCUCUCCAGUUUCACCGCGGACAUGCUAGUUACAGUCACAGCUGACAUAAACUGCACCAACUACCGCGUGAUCGUCAAAGGACUGGGCAUGGUGUUGUCAGAAAUGACGGCUCUCAGGAUCCAUGAAAUAACCCAGGUUCUGGUGGAGUACCUCAAGGAUUUUGCCACCCAAUUCAACACGCCAGCUUGCGGACAGAACGCUCAAAGGGAUGCCCAAUGGCUGAACAUCAACCUGGGUCGUUUCUCGACGGCGGCCAGUUACUCUGACCUUAAGGACUUGAACGUCACAGUGCUGGCAUCUCUGGAGUCCCUCUCACUUGGCCAGAAAGCGGAGCUGCUGUUGGAUCCGUCCACGGGUGCCCUGGAAAAUGAGGCCGUGGUGAAGGAGGUGCUAGGCAGCAUCCUUGAAACCACCGACGACACGCAGCUCAAACAGUUCUUUGAGGCGUUCGUGGAAGUCACCAAGGAGGAAAACGUCACCUACAUCAAAAGCACAGCUGUCCGAGACACAAUGCUGAAUAUGACGUUGACGGCUCUGGCUUCCGAGUUCUCCACCUUCCAAACCAGCGACUAUAAGCUGUGGUUCCAAGUCAAUCUCGUGGUGCUGCUGGCCAGCUUCCAGCCUUCGCUUCUUGUGGUGAUCCCCACCAACAUCAGCUGUGACUCUUACGAUGCAGUACUCCAAGGCCUAGAGAUUGCUUUGGCGCUACUCCCCUCCGGACUACAGGAGGAGCUGAAAUCCAGCAUAGACAUUCUUCGGGAAUCACCACCAGACGGCUGCUCGCCACCUGAUCCAGUCCCUGUUUGCAAAGAAACGGUAGCCAACGAAGAGAGUCUGUGUAAAGGGUUGCAAGGCGGUCCAACUGUGUCUGGAGGUGAUCCCUGUGCAUUGCCUAUCCCUAAGUAUGCCUGUUCCUCGGCUAUGACGCUGUCCUCCGCCGACCUUGCCACGCUGUUGUCCUGCGAGCUGGUGGGUAGCAAGCACUACCCGGUGGAGAUGUGGAAACUUUUCUUCAAGAAAUCUAAAGGAGUGCUUGGAGACGCUCUGUCCACGAACUCCAACAAGACCUUCGCCAUAACGCAGUCUGCGACUCACGCUCUGGACGCCAUCGGAGAGGUGAUGGUCUACGACUUUGACGUCGCGCAGCUGUCAGACGCAGACUUCGUUGACGGCUGGUUCACGGAAAAGCUCCGGCCGCUCCUGCCAGCAAUCUCUGGGGACCUUCUUUCCUGCCUUAGCUCCAAGAACUUCACUUGUGACACCUACCAAGUCGUGGUGGAUGCUCUCGGCGCGCAAUCAUUGCUCAUGGGAGUGGAGCUGAGGAAGGCGGUCGUCAACAAAUUCAUCGUUCCCUUCCUCUCCAGGGGUGACCUAGCAGAUGCUGGCUGUCUUUCCCAAACCGCAAGCAGCGCCGACUGGCUUGAGCAGAACUUUGGCAAAUUCUCCAAAUAUGCCACCUUGGAGGAUCUGCGGACUCUAAAUGGAAAUUUCUCCAGCUUUGGAUCUUUGGAUCUGCUGACUCCCACCCAAGUAGCUGAACUCACACGGAGCUCGGGCGCUCUGAACAACACGGAUCAGAUCAACGCCGUGUUCGACCGGCUGGAGGUUGGUCACGCUUUCCAGAACGUGGACGAGUUCCUGACGACGCUGGCUGCAGCUCCUGAGGUGUCCUCCGCUAUCCCCACUGCUGUGAGAGACGUGAUGAUGAACCGGACCUAUGGUAUCGUCCGACCGCUAUUCCAGGAGUUUGUGCCCGAAGACUGGGUCGUGUGGUUCACCCUGAAGCUCACCCCAAUCCUCUCCAGUUUCACCGCGGACAUGCUAGUUACAGUCACAGCUGACAUAAACUGCACCAACUACCGCGUGAUCGUCAAAGGACUGGGCAUGGUGUUGUCAGAAAUGACGGCUCUCAGGAUCCAUGAAAUAACCCAGGUUCUGGUGGAGUACCUCAAGGAUUUUGCCACCCAAUUCAACACGCCAGCUUGCGGACAGAACGCUCAAAGGGAUGCCCAAUGGCUGAACAUCAACCUGGGUCGUUUCUCGACGGCGGCCAGUUACUCUGACCUUAAGGACUUGAACGUCACAGUGCUGGCAUCUCUGGAGUCCCUCUCACUUGGCCAGAAAGCGGAGCUGCUGUUGGAUCCGUCCACGGGUGCCCUGGAAAAUGAGGCCGUGGUGGAGGAGGUGCUAGGCAUCAUCCUGGAAUCCACCGACGAAACGCAGCUCAAAAAGUUCUUUGAAGUGUUUGUGGAAGUCACCAAGGAGAGAAACGUGUCAAGCCUGAACUCUGUUUUGAGAAGCAUUGUUCUCAACAUGACCUUAACUGCUCUGGAGAUCAGAUUUGAAACCUUUAGCCGGCAGAACUUUACUCUGUGGUUCCAGACCUACUUACACCUCUUCCUGCCUGGAAUGAACGCAGAAAGCCUUUCUGUCAUCCCCCGAACCAUCAGUUGUGACUCCUACAGAGAAAUAGUGAAAGGCUGCGAUAAUGUUUUCAGCAGUCUCACACUGCUUCAGUCAGAAGACGUCUACAGUUUCAUAAAGAACUAUCUCUCCCACCAGACCAGCCAAGGACAGUCGUGUGUGCUGAGUGUGAACAAUGAUUCUGACUGGGUGCAAAAGAAUUUCGGACAGUUCAGCACAUUCGCCACCUUUACUGACUUCAUCACCUUCAAUAAAGACUUUAAUGGGGUUGAAGCAGCAGAGGUUCUGACUGUGUCCCAGCUGGUUGAGUUGUGCUCCUCUCCCUCACAACUUCACGGAGCGCAGGACGUUCAAACUGUGAUGAGGGCUGUUAAACCGGAGCAGCUGUCAAACUUUUUUAAUGUUCUUUCUCUAAACAUCCAAAAGAAUGAGCAGAACUACUCACAGGAGGUGAAACAAGCAUUUCUUCAGGUUGGGUUAGACAGAGCUGACCUGUCCUCCCCGUCUCUCACUGAUUCAGAGGUGUUGAUAUGGCUGACAGUUCGACUGAGACCAUUGCUCUCCGUUCUGACCUCAGCAAACGUUAACAUGUACUUUGACAUCAUCAGAAGUCGAAGCUGCAGCUGUGUUCAGGAGGCAGUGAACGUUCUGGACGCCCAGAGAUCAAAUCUGAAUGAAGACAUAAAGCGUCAGAUAUAUGACAACAUCCAACUGUCACUUAAAGACGCACCGCCUCUACGCUGUUACGACGGCAGGAGUUUCUACGUCUUCCUCAAGAAUACCUUCCUUCACUUUGGAUUUCCAGACGUGAAUGGUUUUCUUUCCCUCAUCCCCGUGGGAAGACGGUAUCAGGUGUUAAGUUCUGUCUCCACGGUGGAGCUGAGGGAGUUUCUGAACUCAACCCCAACUCUCAUAAACGGAUCUGGACUCUGUGAUCUGCUCCAGCAGUACAACCAGACCACACUUUACAUGGAGACGGAGCCAGUGGGGUCGGAGGUUUUAGGCCGGCAGGUGUUGUCCUGCGUGUGGUCUCAGGUUCUGAGGGUGGAGAACCGUUCGGAGGUGGAUCAGUGGUUUGAUCAGCGACUUGUUCGCUACCUGCCCUUCCUCACCGCGCAGUUCAUCUUCCCGACGCAGUUCAGUGGUGCCAGCUGUCUGUCCUACACAAAACUUGUUUCUGUUCUAGGAAACAACUUUAAUUUCAACAGCACAGAUUUCACCCCUGCGGACGUUUACAGCUCAAUAAAGAACUAUCUGACAAACGGCGGCUCUCCGCGGUGCUUCGACCCUUCAGAUCCUCAGCUGAACUCCACAAACUGGUUUGUCCGCUCCAUCGGCACCUUCGUCAGCUAUCUCACCCUCACUGACCUCAACUCCUUUGUGUCGUCUAACCAGAUCGGAGUGUUCUUAGAAAACCAGGAGAACCUUCAGCUGUUCAACAGGACGGCAGAGAUCAAACAGGACAUCAUAGAGUACUACACCACCCAAUUGUACACAAUGAGCCCAUACUUCAAUCCCAUCAAGCUGCCCAAACGCUUCUUGUGCGAUGUCCCUUCAAGCGCCUUUGAGAAUCUAGGAGAGAGAGACUCUAUGACACUCAUACAGAGCAUCAACAUGGUCUGCAACGGAAGUGAAAAUCUGGAGAUCACAGCGGCUCUCACCGCCAAUCUGCCGUCCAUCACAUCGGCCUCCAUCCAGUUGCUCGGCAGUCAGAGCGUCGGCCUGAGCGAGGCUCAGAUCAUCUCCGCCCCUCCUCAAGCCAUCAAAUCUGCGCUGCCGACUCUAAGCACCGUCACCGGCUGGAAUCAGGGUCAAGCUAAUGCCAUCGUGCAAACUCUUACCGAGUCUGGAUUUUCAAUCAGCUCGGGUUCCUCGCUGCUGUCUCUUGGGACGCUGGUCAAAGGUGUUCAGUCGGACGUCAUCUCCAGCAUUUCAUCAGCCGAGCUUCUGACCGUAUCCACCAAUCCCACGUUCAUCACAAACAUCAUCGCGGCGCCGUCCAUCGUGCAGGACGUUUACGUCAUGAAGCUUGUGUCCAUCGAUGAAACGAAAGUUGUUCAGAACGUUCCGGAUAUGUUGGCCAGCUCGAUCCCAAGAGUAUUUUUAGUGUCUCAAAGUUCGGUGAAUCUCACGCUCAUCAACAAGAAGCACUGGACACACGAUCAGGCGGUGAUGCUGUUUGGUUCUGUGGCUGAAGUCAGUGAGAAUACAGAGGAGCUGUCGGAGUCUCUGCUGCAGGGUUUCACCUGCACUUCAGCGCAGACCCUGAGCGAGCAGAAGGUGAAGCAGCUGGUAAAAGCGUGCAGACAUCGACCUGGACGUCAGAAGAUUCAGCUGAGAGAGAGUCAGUUGACGUGCAUGUAUAAUCACCUGAAAAAGGAGGUGUCACCGACCUUCACAGAUCUGCCGCCGGACAUGCUGCUGUACUAUAGUUAUGAGAAGGUGGAGAAGACAAACUGCAGGUCAUUCUUUCGCGCUAUGGGCAAGGCAGACUUCACUAUUCCCUCCAGCAUCCUCAACAAAAAGACAACUCUCUUCAACAACGCACGCAGUUGUCUGGAUAUAUCAGGUCAGAGUCUGAGCGGAGAGCAUGUGGAGCUUCUGGGUAACCUGACCUGCACGCUGGAGCCCGAGUACAUCCAGAACUCUCAUCCAAUCAUCAUCGAGAGUUUGAAGACCUGCAGCGAUCUGUCAGACGCUCAGAUCAGUGCUGUGGAAACACUGCUGCUCUUUGGAAACACAACAUACGGAGAGUCAUCUUCAUGGGAUCAGCAGACGCUGGAUCAUCUGGGGGUUCUGCCUCUGUACUUCAGCGAUUCAUUCUGGAGGCGUUUCAGUGCGACUGUGAAGAGGAGAUAUCUGAAGGUCUUCAUGCCACUGCUGAAGGACAGAAACACUGAGAAACACAAACUGAAGAAACUCUUCAAGAAUUGUAACGCUGAGCUAGAGACUCGGAGCCGAAUGAUACGUUCUGCAGACUGCUCUUUGGGUAACGUCACCGAGGCCAUCAUUGCUGACGCCUCCUUCCCAUUCGGCUACACCGCCGCUCAGUUUGACGCGUGUCUUGACUUCACAAUCCUCAAAAGUAACCUGGCCGCCGUCACCGACAAAGUUGAUGACAGUGACUUCCAAAGAAUCAUCCUGAACAAACUCAAGCAGGUGUACCCUGAGGGUCUGGACGACAGCGUGCUGACGGUUCUAGCGGCUGUCUCCCGUCAGGCCACGGUGGAUGAAAUCAGAUCGUGGAACAUCACCAAGAUCGACACCCUGACCGCUCUGAUGGACCGAAGAUACGGAGAAUGGGACAGAGAGAAGAGUAAAGAGGUGAUAUUGAGAUAUCUGAGUGUGGACAGUCAUACGUUAGGCACCAAUGAACUGAACGCCGUUCUGUCAAACAUCUGCACACUGGACGUGUCCACACUUCAGAGCAUUACUGCAGACAGCCUGAGGAACGCCAAUGUUCCGGAUCUUUCCUCGUGUACAUUUGAGCAGAAAUCAGUUGUGUACACCACAGCGAGAUCUUCCUUCAGCACUAAACGGGUCAACCAGCCUGCGUACUCGCACCUCAUCAGCCCUUUCCUGGGUGGAGCUUCAGCUCAGGACAUUAAAGCUCUGGCGUCUGAAAACAUCACCAUUGACAUCAACACCUUCAGGAGCCUAGCCAUACCCGUCGUCAAGAGUCUGAAUGUGGCUGAUGCGAGAGCUCUGAUGGGCGUGGCCGUAGCUGAUCUGAAGCUGUUUGAAAACGACAGCGUGGUUCAGGCGUGGAUCACCUCACAGCGUCAGUCUCAGUUAGAUGUGCUGAAUCUGAACCUGCAGGGCGGCCUGGCCGACUCGCCAACAACCAAACCCAUCAGCUUCAAACCCACCAACAGCCCACCCGACGGCAUCACACAGUCCACGAGUCAAUCAUCGUCAAGCACGCCGCACGGUUCUGCCUCAGCGCUGAAGGUCACGUCGGGAGUUUGGUUCAUCGCGUCCUGCGUCUGGUUUCUGAAUUCAUGUGAUACAUAAUCAAUAUCACAAAUCCAUCAGUUCAAUGUCACAAGUUCAGAUCUGAAACCAAGCGUGUCAUUAUCAAUCACCACUAAUAUCAAUGUCAGACAAUGUUACAGAUCAAACAUCCGAACAGUAAUAAUCUCGAUUCAUUUUAGAAAUCACAAAAUUCCAAAUAUAAUAAAGCUGAUGGCAGUGAUAUUCUUUAUCAUCAGCUCAGAAUGAAGUCUUAUUUAUGGGUGGUUAUUUUAAACUGAAUUAAUUUAAGAAAUAAAGAUAAGAAUCGUCUAAUUGUUUACAUUUGUUUGAAGAAAUUUAAGUAAAUCACACUUGUUAGAUCAAUAAAUUAUUUAUGUAUUCACUAUUAUUUUUGUUUUUAGUCAUUUACAUCAAAUAAAGUAAUAAGCAGCUAUUAAUAA